GGAUUACGAGAAAAAAUUCCUUCCAUUUCCACUAACGGCAGAACUUGUCAAGGUAGUCGUUGUUGGCGCAAUAGAUAUCAUGUUUGGUGAGUUAUCUUCCUGUUUACCACUCGAUGUACUGAAGUUUAAUGAGAAGACCGGAACAGUGAUCCUCCGAGUUCCAAAGGACAAUUAUGCCAAGGUACGGGCUGCAUUAACGGUGUGCCCGUCCAUGAGAGUUGGCAUGGUCGACGUUCCUGUUAUUUAUACCACACAACAAGCCUCUUCCUGUCUUCUGUCCUUAGCUGGGCCGGAGCGUAGUAUUAUAUGAGCGCACUUGGUGUUAAGGAAGGGGAUUGCAACUAGAAGGACUG